AUGGCACUCCCAGCAGCUACCAUAUCCUUUCCUUCUACCUCCAUUCCUACCUUUCACGAUUGUCUUGAAAACUCCCAUCGCAUUCUCGCCCUCCUUGGUGCUGGACUUUCCGCACCGUCCAACCUCCCUACCUUUCGAGGGGUCGGCAACAACCGACUAUGGCAGAACCACGACCCGGCCAAACUCGCCACCCCUCGAGCCUUCGCCGACGAUCCCAUAUUGGCAUGGCGUUUCUACCAGGACCGCAGACGGCAAGCUCUUGACGCUCAGCCCAACGCAGCACACGUGGCGCUCGCUGAGCUAGCGAAGCAUAUGGGCAACGACUGCUGCAUGCUCAGCAUGAACAUUGAUGGUCUGAGCCAGCGAGCAGGUCAUCCAUCUGACGACGCCGGAGGCCUACUAGAGUUGCAUGGCAACUUGUUCUCCUUGAAAUGCUCCAAUCGCGAGUGUGACUACGUUGAGAAAGACAACGUCGACCGCAGCUUGAUUCCUGAGCAUGUCCCUGACACUGAGAUUGCCCUUCCCAAAUGCCCGAGAUGCUCUUAUCUGCUACGCCCGGAUAUCGUGUGGUUCACCGAGCCGCUAUCAUCCUCUGUCACCCAGGGUGCCGACCGGUGGAUUGCCGCUGGCCCUAUCGACCUUGUUCUAGUAGUUGGAACGACAGCGCAGGUGUGGCCCGCUGCAGGGUACGUCGACUCGGCCAUCGAGCGAGGCGCUAGAGUGGCUAUGGUGGACAUCGACCGUGGGGACCUUGUUCCUGGUAGCGGCGAACUCGGACUGACCAGUCGAGAUUGGUUCUUUGUUGGGGUUGCUGCUGAUUUGGUUCCUGCUAUGUUGGAGCCCAUCCUAAAAUGA